UUGAAAUCAUGAAUAUGUAACAAACAGUCGGCAUCUUUGAUCUUCUUUUCCCGCGCUUCAAAUCUUGCUUUGCCCACUUCCAUCUCCUGCUUCAACCUCAGAUUCCUAGCUCUCUCUCGCUCUCAAACUCAUUCUCAUACUCUGAUUUCCCAAAACCCAGAUGGAUUCAUUGAAACCCAAUUCAGCUCCAACAAAGAACAAGUUAUCCAAGACACUCCACAAAGUUAUCCACCUUACAGCACCCCCAAAAUGUAGAUGUAGAACAACCAAUGCCUUCUGUCUCCCCAUACCUCAAGAACACAAACCCAAAAUCGAUCCAACCCACAAUUCUCAAUCUUUCAACAAUUCCCACAACAAUGAAUCAACAAUGUCUCGAAACAGAGCAGCCAUGGAAGCUUUCAUCGCCAAGCUUUUUGCCAUCGUUUCAGCCUUCAAAGCCGCCUAUGCUGAGUUACAAAUGGCUCAGUUUCCUUACGACAGUGAAGCUGUUCACUCAGCUGAUGAAGCUGUAGUGGUUGAAUUGAAAACGCUUUCGGAGCUGAAACAGAGCUUUUUGAGGAAACAGAUCGAUUCUUCACCGCCUCAUGUGACGAUGUUGCUAGCUGAGAUUCAAGAGCAGCAGAGCUUGAUGAAGAUGUAUGAUAUUACUAUGAAAAAAUUGCAAUCUGAAUUGGAAACAAAAGUGAAUAGUAUUUGUGCUCUUGAAGAAGUGCUUAAUGAAGUAAUUUCCAAUAACAAUGCGAUCGAGAAGAGACUGCGCUUGAGCGGGCAAUUUUCGGUGCUUGAUGGUAUAAAAUUGUGUGAAACUAAUUGGAAUCCGAAUCCCAAUUGUUUCAACAUGGUUUUACAGUACUGUUUGAGAUGUGUUCGAUCUUUUGUGAAGCUGAUGCUUCGAGAAAUGGAGUCUGCGAAUUGGGAUUUAGAGGCUGCUGCGAAUGCGAUUGUGCCCGAAGCAGUGUUUUCGAAAGCAAAUCACAGAUGUUUCGCUUUCGAAUCGUUUGUUUGCAGAGAAAUGUUCGAUGGUUUCCAUUCUCACAACUUUUCUCUUCCAAAUGAUCAGUCAAUACGUAGAUUGGUCUUUGUUGAUCGGUUUGAGAAAUUGAAGGCAGUGAAUCCAAUUCGUUAUCUAAAAAACAACCCAAAUUCAGCAUUUGGGAAGUUCACAAGGAGCAAGUACCUCCGUUUGGUUCACCCGAAAAUGGAGACCUCAUUUUCAGGGAAUUUGAGACAGAGAAAGCUGAUCAAUUCCGGGGAUCAGUACCCAGAAUCUUCAUUCUUCGCAGCAUUUGCCGAGAUGGCAAAGCGGGUUUGGCUUUUGCAUUGCUUGGCUUUCUCGUUUGAUCAAGAAGUGAACAUCUUUCAAGUUGGAAAGAAUUGUAGAUUUUCGGAGAUGUACAUGGAAAGUGUGACCGACGAGGUGUUUGCGUCGGCAGAGGAGGACGGUGGUGAUGGCAGUUUGAGGGUGGUGUUUACGGUGGUUCCGGGGUUUAAGAUCGGAAAAACACUGUUCCAAAGUCAGGUAUAUCUAUUUCCGGUGGGAACUCCAGUGAACGGUUGAUGCUAUUUUACUUGGUACUUUUUAUAAAAAUUUUUAAGUUUUUAUAUUAUCAAACCUUGCAAACUUGAUUAAUGUACUAACUUUUGUAAUCAAAUCGAAGGAAAAAAGGUCCAAUUUCGUUUCUGGCAAGGGAGGAAGAUAUCGAGAAAAUUUUACCAUUCAUCAUCCAGCCAGGUCAUCCCCAACCCAAUCUGCAGGGGGAGAUUAACUUUGGUGCCCAACAAUGAUUCAUCCCU